GAUACCUUCAUUAACGUUUCUGUCGGCUGCUAAGCUUAAUCAGCACAACUACAUUAACCAUCGUCACACACAUUAGUUCUGUUGACAUCAUCUGGAAACCGUAUCAGUACUAAUUCCGACCGCGCGUGUGAAUAAUUGGCUUCUAACGCCAUAAUGUGGGGUAGAUAUGCAAGUUUUGUUCCCUGUGAAAAUUAACCGUGAGACGUAGCGAUAACUUGCUAUACCAACGAAAUGGUGUAGGUGUAUAUGUUGGCUGUACUGCGUAUACAUGGCUGUGGUGGGGGAGGUGUGGCUGUCUGCUGUUUGUUGACGUUUGGAGCUCAUCCUUGUGUCUAGGAGAAGAUGAUUGAAGCUUCCGGAGAAAGGACUGUUACUGGUCAUCCAUACGACACCACUCAAUACUACAUAGGGCUCGGGCUUGCUGUUAGCUCCAGUGCUUUUAUCGGUUCGAGUUUUAUUAUAAAAAAGAAAGCACUGUUGAGAUUGUCACGUUCUGGCUCAGUGCGGGCUGGCGCUGGAGGAUUUGGCUAUCUGAAAGAAUGGCUCUGGUGGGCCGGCUUUUUGUCUAUGGGGGUGGGUGAGGCAGCUAAUUUUGCUGCGUAUGCAUUUGCACCUGCCUCACUGGUAACACCACUUGGUGCACUUAGUGUACUGGUUGCAGCAGUCCUGGCAUCAUAUUUUCUUGGUGAAAAACUGAAUCUUCUUGGCAAGAUGGGAUGCUUUCUCUGCAUCUUGGGCUCAACUGUUGUUGUCAUCCAUUCUCCAAAAGAAGAAGAAAUAGAAAAUUUGGACGUCUUGAAGCAGAAACUGUUAGAUCCAGGUUUUGUAUUCUAUGUUUUCCUAGUGUUGGCACUAACACUGGCAAUUAUAUCAUACUUCGGCCCACGAUAUGGACAACGAAAUGUUGUGGUUUACAUUAUGUUAUGUUCUGCAAUUGGUUCCCUCAGUGUUAUGAGCUGUAAGGGCCUAGGACUUGCUAUCAGGGACACCAUUACAGGGAAAUCAAAUGAGGUAUCCAACUGGCUGACAUGGCUUCUGCUGAUGGCUGUUAUUCUCUGUAUUUCAAUACAGAUGAAUUACCUAAACAGAGCACUUGAUCUCUUUAACACUGGUAUUGUGACUCCUAUUUAUUAUGUUCUUUUCACGACACUAGUAAUUGUGUCAUCAGCAGUGUUGUUUCGUGAGUGGCAGGAUGUGGGACCUGAAGACAUUGUUGGAGGCAUGUGUGGCUUUCUUACUGUUGUAACAGCCAUAUUUCUACUCAAUGCAUUCCGUGAUAUUGACAUUUCGUAUUCAGAUGUGAGAAGUAUGUUGCGUCCAAGAAAGACAGGUAUUGUAUCUGUGGGAACUGAAGGAAACAGAGCAAAUGGAGUUUCUGCUUCAGCUGUUUACAGAGACACAAAGCGACUGUUAGGCAGUGAUGAUGAAUCUUCAUCAUAUGGCAGUCCUGGUCCAACUCCUCCUGUAUGACCCAUGGCUACUCCUGCUACAUUUCGCAGGCUUCAGUCUUCAGGACUGUAUCCAUAGUGUUAUUAUUCCCAACAACUUUGAAGGAUAUGUACAAAGAUAUUUGUAUUAUUUUUUCUGUUGGAGAGACUGAAUCAGGAAAUUAUCUGUGAUUGGUGUUAGCUGUGAUAUGCGCAACAGUGACUGCCGGUUGUAAACAGUUUUAUGGCUCUGUGUUUGUCACUUAAACAUUGAUGUGUGUCUUUUGUAUGUAUAAAUGUAAUGUAUUGCUGUGUGGUAUUUAUAAGACUUGAACUUAUUUAUUCAUACAAUUGAGUCAUAUUCAGUGUACAAAUAAUGCAGAUAGUUAUACUAUAAUUUGUUAGUAAUACCAUUUCAAUGUUUAAUGUUGGUAGUCUGAAUAUUUAAGUAAUUUUCAAAUUAACAUUCAUCUUUUAGUUUCUGCUGUGCCACCCCACUGGUUACUGCAUUCAUUUACAUAAGUUUUUAUACUCAAAAGAUUUUAUUUGUUGAACUGAGAGGAAUUUUCAUGUGUUUUAUGCUUCUGUUUUUAAAAAAAAAUUCAGAAAGUGUCUAAAACUGCCAGCCAGAGUGACCGAGUGGUUCUAGGCGCUUCAGUCAGGAACCGCGUGGCCGCUACGGUUGCAUGUUCGAAUCCUGCCUUGGGCAUGGAUGUGUGUGAUGUCCUUAGGUUAGUUAGGUUUAAGUAGGGGACUGAUGACCUCAGAAGUUAAGUCCCAUAGUGCUCAGAGCCCCCCCCCCCCUUUUUUUGUCUAAAACUUGAGUUGUUAGUGUGUGCUCAUACCUCAGCCAGUGAUAGAGGGAUUGAGUAAACCUCUAAAGCCAUACAACAAUGGAAAAAACAUGAUUGUAUGUGAAUAUUACUCUUAUACUGAAUCAGUAAACCAGAUGGUUUUGUUUGUUUUUUUAAUGGAUAUUAUGAUAGUACCAAAACAUAUUGAAUUCUCAAUGCUAAAAGCUGAAAUUUCCAUCUAUAGAUGAAAUGAGGAUAGUGCUUAGUUGCACACAUAAAUACCAGGUAAUUUUCUUCCUUGGAUCUUUUUAUUUGCAUCUUCUUCUGAAUACAAAUUUGCAGAAGAACUAAAGGUUUGUAAUAAGUAGCAUGAAAAUAUUGCAUAUUUUCAGAAGUGUACUUUCUUUAUUUUUAUAAACAAAAUUUAUUGAAUCUACUCUGCAGAUAUUUAUUGUGUUCCAAAUAAAAUAAAAUCCUCUUUGUUGUCCUGCCUAUAACAUGGUUAUUGUUUCAAGAAGGAUGCCUUAGACAGAUACAUGGUAUGAAUAUGACAAUAACUUUCCUGGAUAUAUACCAACUACCCAGGCAUAAGUUCUCUUGAUUCUUUUUUGUCUCUACAGAAAAUUUCAUUGUAGUACCUAUGCUGCAAAUACAUGCCAUAUUCUUCAGCAUCUUGCUUUCUUAGACUGGUCUUGCUCUCUCAUGGUCUGUAUGUAGAUCUUUUGCUUGGCAACACCUUGUUUAAUAAUCAUAAAGCAUUUCUCUGUGCUUUUAGCAAUUUUAUUUAUUUCAUUCGAGAUGUAGCAAAAACAAAUAUGUGAUAAUUUUUUAAAAAGUGAAGGCAGACAGUUAAAAAAUGCACAACAAAACAAGUACUGAGAAGAGCUUUCUGGGACCAAAGGAUUUGCCAUUGUUGUUGCUUUAGCUAAUUUACAGAAUAUGUAAAACUGAUUGUAGAUCAGAAAUGAGCUGCGUUAAUACAUAAUAAAGACCAGACAGAGAAAACUUAAUGAGAUAUUCUACACAAUAGAAGAAUGUUUUAAGAUGGUCAUCCAAGCCAAAAACCAGUUAACAUAAUAAAAGUAAUACUAUAGAAGACUAGCAUUUUUCAUUUAUUAAGUCUUGAAGUUGUAAUAAAUUUAAAAUGUGAAAUGUGUGUUUCUGUGCUGGUUAAAUAUAUGAUUGUAACUAUUUAUUUGAAUUUUAGAGGACCUUCCACACAAUUGUAUUACCCAUAUUCUUUCAUUAAAGUGAAUACAUUUUA